GUGCAGUUCACACCACAGUAGUGGGACACAGGCCAUUCUCUCUGAACCGGGGGAGCACGGACAGCGGCAUGUUAUCAGACAGCAUGAGGAUGGAUUUUCAAUACCUGAAGGAGUACCUGGGCUGGCUGUACUACCAGUACCUGCUCAUCACAGGCAUAUAUGUGCUUGAGCCCUGGGAGCAGUCCAUCUUCAACUCUGUCCUCUUCUCCUCCAUGACCAUGGUCAUCUACACCUCCUACGUCUUUGUGCCUGUCCACGUGCGUCUGGCACACAACUUCUUCUGCGGGAAACAGCCAGAGAGCACCAUGGCACUCAUAAACUAAGCAGUGGAUGGAUAGAUGGAUGGCGGGAGAUUGGGAAUGAGAAGCGAGGACCCCUAUCUAAAUGGUUUGACAAACUGCAAGUGAAAAAAAUAAUAGCCCUACAUAACCAGCAGCAAAAUCACCUACGUCAAGUCUAGACUUUGAGUAGAGAUAAGAUCAUUUCCACGUCAAAGUAAGGUUUUAUAAAUAACUACUUAUACGUGGUUUUCUGUGUGAAGUCAUACUUAAGAUCAAAAUUGAUUGUUAGUCUGUUUUAUAAAUGAGGCUCCAGGUAUCCUGUGUGAGUGCAGAUCACGUCUCUGUGUUUUGCAUUUGCCUGCAGGUAAUGACACUUAUCACUGGCUGUUGAUGGCUGUCUGAUAUAGAGGGAGACAUUACUGAUCCCAACACAUUUACAUGCACUUCAACCCACUGGACAAUGCUAAUGAUGAACAUUGACCAAUGGCUGGCAUCUUGCACUUCAAUUACUGAGUCAUUAACCAAAUAUUUCCCAAGACUAGAGUCUCCUGCUAUACAAUCUAACCAGAGAUAUUGAGUCCUGGCAAAGAUUACAAGGUUGUGAAAUUUUUCUCCCAACCCUACAUUUAUCCGGUGAUUAUUCAAUGCAUACAUUGAUCAAACUAAACAAUCAUAUCCUUGUGUACACAGUCCUGUCCCUAUCUGCAGUGUUUUCACUGUUGCUAUGUCACGAAGGUCGAUGUUGAGCAAGAGGAAAUAUUAGCUCUCUGGUUCAGGCUUUGCUUUGUCAUUGACUUUGCUUGAUCCACCAUCAUUCUUCAGAACACAUAGAGUUGAAUGGAAUUAUAUGAAUCAAAAACAGUCAAAGUGGCCUGAAUGAAAAGCGAUGUCUUUGAGUGGUCAACCCACCCUCAUCUCUCUUGUGACCCUACAGUUGAACUGUAACUUCUGAGAGAAUAAAACACAAGCCUAGUACUUAUCACUGCGUGACUAGAAGAUCUGUUAACAUGUAUUUGUUUUGGUGAUCACAUAUAAACCCAGCAAAAAAAGAAACGUCACUUUUUCAGGA